GUACAUGGAGGAGAGUAGCCGGGAGUCGAGGUGCUCACGGGUGGAGCUCCGCCCCGCCCUCGUCCUCUUCCUCGUCCCCUCACGCCGAGCCAUAGUUUACCAAUCAGAAGCAGUAGGAACGAAUCCUUUUCCCGAUCGCUUGCUCGAUGGAGAACGGCGAUUCUUCUCCCCCGCCAACCGACCGCGUCGUCUUCUGUUCGUGCGCACAGUGAGCUCCUCUUCUUUUCUCAGGUGCCCUCAGCUACUCUGGGCUUGUGUUGUUGGCGGAUUGCCUAUUGCGCAGCCGACGAAGGCAGAAUCACGGCUUCCUUGUAGUUAUUUCCUCGAUGUCCGGCCAUUCUUCCACGUAACUAGGAACUCCAACUUGCACGAUGGGAAGCAAAUGCCACAUGGAGGGAGGUGAUAGAAUUCAUGCAAAGGCUUCGAAAGUUGGAGUUCUUGACUGGGGAUUGCUCGAGAGAUGGAAGUACCAUCAGAAAUGUGUGGCUCGUCGGGGAACCAAAAGAUCAAACUCUGUCAACAACAGAUCCCCAUUGCUGCAUACUUUUGGGUCGUCUACCCAGUGUACUGGAAGCACAUGCAGAGCUCUUCCUAAGCAAGAAGAAUUUGCUUACAAAACGAAAGAGAUUGUUGUCUCUCGACAUCUCACAAGCUUUAAUGAUGCAGAUACUGCAGAUAUGAAGUCCAUGUGCUCUGAUGUGUGCUUCCAUAUGGACUUUGGAAUUUUACAUCCACCUUCCAGCAUCAUUAAUGGUCAAACCUCAGCUCCUGGAGCAAAAGCCACAGAGACCCAAGCCCAUCGACCAGAAAAUGCAGAGAAGCUCCAAGGCUAUCCUCGUGAUCUAGAUUUCAUGGGCAAUUGGCAGCAGCUAUGUCAUGAUACUAGUAAUUUGUGGGAUCAUCUUCAAGCCAGUGCUCAGAUCAGACGUAAUAGUUUUGAGUCAUAUUUCGAUGGUGCCAAAAGCUUGUCACUUUGCCAUCUUGACAACGCUAAGGACAUCAAAGGAUCUCCCCAUAUUGAUACACUCAAUACUUUUCGACCAGAGACUGAAAUCUCUACUAAGAAAUCAACCGAGAAGGGAAAGGAAUCGUCCAAUCAUCAGUUAAGUGUCAGGCCAACAUGGAUGAUUCGAAGUGCUAGCUCAAGGGAUGGUUCCUCUGCACCAGUACUGGUGAGACCAUUUAAUGGCAGUAAGGAAGCGUCAAGUAGGCGUAGUCCACUGAGGAGGAUGUUUGACACUUUGCUGAAGCCAAAGAACCUAAGUGAGAAGGGUGGAAAUCUGACAUAUAAAGAACCUGAUAAAACCAAACACGCUCUUCUCCAACUUGCUUGGGAAAAUGGGCAGCCUAUGUUUAUGUUCUCAUCCACAUACGGUGAUGUUCUUGCAGCAAUGUUGACACAGCAAAGCGAAACAGAGAAGGAUGAUUUGGAAUGCAUUUACACAAUACACUGCAUUCAACAACGUGAGAAGAAAUCAGGAGCUUGGAUUGGAUUGGGAAGGAAGAGCGGGAAGCAUCAGCUGGUAUCUGAUGCCACUGGCAGGAUGAACGUUUUCAGAUCGAGAAACUAUGAUGCCAAAAGUCAUCAAGUCACAAGAGAGUUUGUGUUGCUUGGUGCUGAACCAACACCACCAUCUCAUGGGCCUGUUGAUUUCUCAUUGAACAGCGAGCUGGCUGCCAUUGUUGUCAAUGUUCCAGAAGAAAUGGCAGAAGAUAAUACAGUAAUUGUCCUUCCUGGUGGAACUCAUGGCUCUUCAACUGAUGCCAAACCGCCAUCUUUGAUCGAGAGAUGGAGAUCAGGAGGAGCAUGCGACUGCGGAGGUUGGGAUGAGGGUUGCAGGCUGACUGUUCUAAGCAAAAGCUUCCUUCAGGGAGGAGGAUCGCGGGCAAAUGGACAUGUCUUCCGAAUGGUUUCUUUGAAGGAGGGACUGUAUAGAGUUGAGUUUGGGACGUCCAUCGCAUGGCUUCAGGCUUUCGCAAUAGGUUUAGCGAUCGUUCACGGAAAGAAUCCCACCAAUAACUCCGGCGAGCCAAAAUGGUUGCUGGAACGAACGGUCACGCGUCGUCAUGCCGGGAAGACUGAAGCAAUAGUCCAAGGGGCGUCUCCGACGAGCUAUGUACCGUAUUGUCCACCUCUUUCGCCUGUUGGAAGAGCUUAGUUGCAUCUGCAACAUUACCAGAGCAUGCUUGCCUUGUCCUGUGAUCCUAUCUCGCAUGGAUUUGACGCUUGCUAAUAUGUGAUGGAAUUCAUCUCCAUCCUGGUAUCAUCGAAGCUUACCUCUGUUGUCCGUGGCGGUUGGAGAGUAGUCAUAUGCGUAUACGGUGAUAGAAGAUAAGAUUUCCCCAACUUGAUAGAGGAUAAGAUUUCCCAUUCUGUUUAUUCUGUUGAGGGAAAUCCUUCCUCCUAAUCUGUAUAAAUAGGGGAGGAACAUGUUAAUAGAUUCAAGCUAAAGCUAUUUCAUUUCUAUAAUAAAUAAUAAAGCUUCUUCAAUUAUUGUUCUUA